CAUAAAAGAUUGCAAUAUCUGACCGGUUUUUCAGGUCUAGAAGAUUCUUCUCCAUCAAGGAGGGGAGGCUUUUGGGUCCUUGAGCCAUUGCCGGAGAUACGCAGCCAAGUAUGCCCUAACUGCCACUUUGUCGGACCAACCACCUCAUUUCUACCUUCCCGCAAAUCUUUCACGAUCUCAAGUUUCCUCUUCUUUUGAGGAAUUGAUUGAAUUCCAACCUAUUCUUCAUAUUCAGUUGGUUUUUAGGGAUAUAAAUGGAUAUUAAUGAAAUUGUUGACACUACUCGACCCAAAAACCUCCCGACAAAGAGUGCAAUUUAUGUAUGGGGCUAUAAUCAGUCCGGGCAGACGGGUAGGAAAGGCAAAGAGUGCCAGUUAAGGAUCCCCAAGCAGCUUCCUCCCGAGCUUUUUGGGUGCCCGGCUGGUGUCAAUUCGCGCUGGUUGGAUGUUGCUUGUGGUCGUGAGCAUACUGCGGCAGUGGCCUCUGAUGGGUCACUUUUCACAUGGGGGGCUAAUGGCUUUGGUCAAUUGGGAGAUGGAACUGAGGAGCCAAGGAAGCACCCUAAGAAAGUUAAACAAUUGCAGACAGAGUUUGUGAAAUCUGUAUCUUGUGGAGCACAUUGUACUGCUUGUAUAACUGACACUCGUGAAACUGAUGGAACCAUCUCAAAAAGUAGGCUCUGGGUUUGGGGCCAGAACCAGGGAUCAAAUUUUCCUCGCUUAUAUUGGGGGGCCUUUACUCCUAAUACGAUUAUCCGCCAAGUGUCGUGUGGGGCAGUGCAUGUGGUGGCCUUAUCAGACGAUGGCCUACUACAAGCAUGGGGUUACAAUGAAUAUGGUCAGCUUGGCAGAGGUGUUACAUGCGAAGGGCUACAGGGGGCUCGUAUAAUAAAUGCUUAUGCGAAGUUCCUUGAUGAAGCUCCUGAGCUUGUAAGGAUUACUGAUGUGUCAUGCGGGGAGUACCACACGGCAGCAAUAUCUGACAAAGGCGAGGUCUAUACUUGGGGCCUAGGAAAUAUGGGGCAACUUGGGCAUAGUUCUCUCCAGUCCGGGGAUAAAGAACUAUUGCCGAGGAGAGUGGUUGCCCUUGAUGGAAUAUUCAUAAAGGUUGUCGCAUGCGGUGGUGUACAUACAUGUGCUGUGACUCUGAAGGGAGCUCUUUAUGCUUGGGGUGGUGGUCAAGUAGGGCAAUUGGGCCUUGGUCCCCAAACUGGAUUCUUUUCAUGCGUUCCUAAUGAAUCUGAGACAUUUUUUCGCAAUAUCCCUAUUAUGGUUGUUCCAAAUGGGGUGCAACUUAUUGCAUGUGGACAUUCACACACACUUAUUUCCACCAGGGAUGGAAGAAUUCAUGGAUGGGGUUACAAUAAUUAUGGUCAGGCAGCUAACGAGAAAUCUACAUACGCUUGGUAUCCAUCACCUGUUGAUUGGUGUGUUGGGGAAGUGCGAAAAAUAGCAGCUGGUGGUGGUCAUUCAGCUGUGUUGACUGAUGCUUGUUCCUUAAAAGAGUUGUGUGAGUUUAGGCUUGCAGAUGGUGUCACUCUAUUAAAUGCUUCUGAGAUCGAGGAUGUUGCUUCCAGAACAGGAUCAGAUGCUUUAGCACGUCUCUGUGAAAAACUGAGGGAACAUAUGCUUGUUGGUGGUGACUGUGAACACGAAGAUGAUGAGUGAAGAAGCAAUUGAUUUAACUUCAAGAUGGCUGAUUAUUUUGUCCUGUUGGUCUCUUUUAUCACCAAUUAGGUUAGAAGUGCAAACUCAAAUACUGCUUGAAGUUUAGGAAAUCUCGUCUAAUAUUAACAUUACUUGUCAUUCACUUGGUAUGUAUUUCUGAUAGCGACAGGGAUCAGAAAUUGAAGUCAAGAUUGAUAUUA